CACUACCUCAGUUUGGCAGCGGUAGGAACGUGGCUCAGGUUACGCGGUCAGCCCUAUGGCUGUUUCACGUGGUUCAAAUGAAGCUUCCUAUUUGCUACCUCCAAACACGGAGGACUGGGAAGAGCAAGGCGUUCCUGACUUUGUCUAUGGACAACAGGAACUUCUGUGGGAAGGGGUUCAGUGGCCGAGGAACGCGCCCUGUCUCCCGGACACACUUCCGCUGCCUCGAUCUCGUUUUGAUUCUGCAGUCUGCUCUGCCUGGAGGCAGCGGAUGGAGCUGGGGCUAUUUCGCUAUUGCCUGGGGGAGCUGCAGACCCAAACCCUCCCUGGUGCCGUGGGUUUUGUGGCUCAGCUGAAUGUGGAGCGAGGGGUGCAGAGGAGGCGCCCCCAGAGCAUCAGCAGCGUGAAGCAGGCAUUUGACCCUGAACAGUUCAACUUCAACAAAAUCCGGCCAGGAGAAGUCCUCUUCCGUUUGCGCCGGGAGCCGGAUCUCUCAGGCGUUUCCCAGCAGGAGGAUAUCCUCGUGAUGAUCAAUGUCAGCCCCUUGGAGUGGGGCCAUGUGCUGCUGGUGCCCGAGCCGGCCCAGGGACUCCCCCAGCGCUUGCUGCCGGGUGCACUGCGGGCUGGGCUGGAGGCUGUGCUGCUGAGCUCACACCCUGGCUUUCGAGUGGGCUUCAAUAGCCUGGGCGGCUUGGCCUCUGUGAACCACCUCCACCUGCAUGGCUAUUACCUGGCCCACAGGUUGCCUGUGGAGAGGGCACCAAGUGAGCCCUUGGACCCUGCGGGCCACUUGCACCUGCUGCAGGCUGUUCCAGCUCCUGGUUUCCUCUUCUACGCCAGCGGGCCAGGGCCAGACUUGGAAGCCUUGAUUAGCAGGGUAUGUCGAGUCACAGACUAUCUGACUGACCGUGAGAUUGCACAUAACUUGUUUGUGACCCGGGGAGCCCCACCUGGAAAGACUUCACCUUCCUCAACCCUCACAGGGGUCCGGGUAAUCCUCUGGGCCCGAAAGUCUAUCUUUGGGAUAAAGGAAAGUGAGGCAUUCAAUGUUGCCCUCUGUGAGCUGGCUGGGCAUCUCCCUGUCAAAACGUCCCAGGACUUUGGCAGCCUGACAGAGGCGGCCGCUCUGGCCCUCAUUCAAGACUGUAUGCUGCCCCCAGCCCAGGCAGAAGAGGUACAGGCAGCACUGGUGGCCUUGACAGCCCAGGAGGAGCCAUAAUCCAUCUGGAAAUACUUAUUCUUCCAACUGAUCUGUGUCCCUUUCAGGAGACCUGCCCAUAACGGUCACCUGGGCGCUUUCAUGACUGCUUUCUCACCUGUCUCAGCCUAAGAGGAGGGGCCAAAACCUGAUAAAAAUGGUCUCUUUAAAGAGAAACCUUGAAAUAAAUGGAGUGAAUGAGUGCUCAUGGAUGUAUCUGCUUCUCAUCUUUCUUUUUGGACAACCCCCGGGAUGUCAAACCUAUCAUUGAGAAAGGGGCAUGCACAAGAGUGAUACAAUCCUGACUUUAUGGACUCUUCGUUUCAAAUCAAGUCUUAGAAACGUGAUAGUUUAUGUGCCUCUGGCAUGGUGCCCCCACUUUCUCUGGUCUUGCUCCUCUACUUGUGCCUUCUUAGUCUACUGCUGCAUUCUGUGUCUUUAUCUCUGCUCUGCAUUAGGCCCUGCUCCAUCCAGGUGCCCUCCUUAUAGCACAUCCUUCACCUGCUUGACCACCUUGAAUUCUCCAGCCCCAGCACGGAGCUGAGAGUUUAUCUACUUCGUCUCAUGUGAAAACAAGUGGUCCUCACAGCUUUUAAGGUACAGAUUCUCUUAGUACCCCGAUUUAAUAGAUGAGUUGGAAGUGGACAGAGAUUUAGUAACUUGCCCGAGGUCACACAGCUCAUCAGUGGUGGAGUCAGGACUGCA